UUUACUAUGCACGUCCAUGGUGUGUUAACCUACCUACAUGUCAUUGCAUUACUACUAAGGUUUUUUUUUUUUAAAUUGUUAUUAUUAUUAUUAUUGUUUUUAUUAUUUUUUAUUUUUUUUAAUGUACCUGUGUCAGGUGUGUAGCCUAAUUAUGGCUCGGUAUGCCGCACGUGCAUUCAGUUUCAGAACGAAAAGCUGUUGCAGAUUUCAGUACUGCUGCAGUAACAUGUCGUAAAAAGUCUCUGAAGUGUUUUUUGGAGACGAAUUUAAGUCGGUUUGCACCAUAUACAAGCUCAGCCUGUACAGAUUAAUGAAAUCUGUAAAUUAGCUACAUAAAGUCUUGUACUUUACACCUGGAGGGCAAAUUGCAGUGAAUGAGACAUUAUUAUUAUUAUUAUUAUUAUUAUUGCACCUGUUAGGGGAGAGUGGGGUCAGUUGUAUCAGCGCUACUUCCGGUGCAUUCAGGUCUUCCUGGGAAGUUUGUAUACGAGUUGGGAAGUCGUAAUUAUCACGACAGGUGCGUUCAGGUGACUUUGUAAGAAGCAAGAUGGCGGUGUAUCUUCUCUUAAUUACAGCAAGUUUUUGUUUUGUUUUUUAACUCCUAAAUGAAGAACAAAGACUGUGCAUCAGCUAAAUCUUUGCAACUGAGCAUGCAGAAAGUCUCACAAUCUAUCGAACAGCAGCCGGCAGUGGAGAAGAAGAAGCCACUAGUCAACAAGUUGUUCCCAAACUCAGAGCUGUUCAAGAAGUGGGGCGAUGAGCUGUCUAAGGAGGAACAGAAGGAUGCCGAGCACUUGUUUCAGCUUUACGGCUACAACGUGUUUCUCAGUGACCGAAUCCCUCUGAACAGGACAAUACCGGACACCCGAGACUUCAGGUGUGCUACGAAGGUGUAUCCGGAGCAGCUCCCGUCACUCAGUGUGGUUCUGAUCUACCUGAACGAGGCUCUGUCGAUCUUAAAGAGAGCCAUACACAGCAUCGUUGACAGAACGCCUGCUCACCUGCUCAAGGAGAUCAUACUGGUGGAUGAUCACAGCACUAAUGAUGAUCUGAAGGAAAAACUUCAUGAAUUUAUUGACCAAGUUCAUCAACAGAGGCCGGGAUUACUUAAGAAAGUGACCCACAGAAAGAAACUGGGGCUGACACAAGCUCGUAUUUCAGGAUGGAAAGCAGCUGUCGGCGAUGUGGUGGCCAUUUUGGAUGCCCACAUUGAGGUGCAUAAGCAAUGGGCAGAACCGCUGCUGGCCAGAAUAAAAGCGGACAGGACGGUGUUGCUGUCUCCGGUGUUUGAUCGGGUGGAGUACGACACACUUGAAGUGAAUCCGUACUUUGCAAAUGCCCAUGCCUUCGACUGGCAGCUGUGGUGCAUGUACGAGUCCUUCAGGCCAGAUUGGUAUCAACUUGAAGACCCGUCCAAACCUGGGAAGAGCCCUUCCGUCAUGGGAAUCCUCGUGGCUGAUCGAAAAUUCUUGGGAGAAAUUGGAGGUUUGGACAAAGGAAUGGAAAUUUAUGGAGGCGAGAACGUCGAGCUCGGAAUACGAGUUUGGCUUUGUGGAGGAAGCAUUGAAAUCAUCCCGUGCUCAAAGAUCGCUCAUAUAGAGAGAGCACACAAGCCCUACGCACCAGAUCUAGCCGAGCCCAUGAGAAGAAAUGCGCUAAGGGUGGCUGAAAUCUGGAUGGAUGAAUAUAAGAGAAAUGUUUAUGUAAGCUGGAAUCUCCCUCUGAAGGAUCAUGGAAUUGAUAUUGGGAACGUGACUGAAAGAAAGAAGCUGAGAAAACAACUUAAAUGUAAGCCCUUUAGCUGGUAUCUGAAGAACGUGUAUCCUGAGUUAGACACCUGGGAUGAUCUACUUGGCUACGGCACAAUACAGAGUGGCCUCUUAGAGAAUAACUGCAUUGAUCAGGGUCCUGUUCCGGGCAGUGUCCCUGUCCUCUAUCAGUGUCAUUUCCAAAGCCCUCAGCACUGUUACUAUAAGAGUAAUGGGGAACUCUACAUCGGAGGCAUCAAAUCUCACACGUACAAUAAUAAUCGCUGCCUGGUGGAUCCUGGCGAGGGAAACACACCAACACUGCAUGACUGUAAAAUAGCCAAGGAGAAAGGAUUCCAUAUGCACUGGGACUUCAAACAGGGACAUGCAAUAAAAAACAAAGACACACGCAAAUGUCUUGAGAUUGCCCAAGGAGAGGAUUCAUUUUACCAACUUGUCCUUCAGGCCUGCAGUGGGCAAAAGUGGAGAAUACAACACGUCAUUAAAGAGUUUUAACUGCCUCAUGACAGCCAUAUUGAUCAAAUGACAACAGAGGAAAUAAAACUUAUGGAAUGUUGGCCAUCAUUGAGACUUCUCAUUGAACUCUCAAGUAAUGGAGCAAUGGUUGACUUCCAGAUGUGAAGCAAGGGCACGUUCAGAUGGAAUUUUCAAACUGGAAGGACAAUUGCUGCUAGGCAACUGGAAGAUGCAUAUGUCUAACAAACUAGCUGACUGACUGGGAUUAAUGAUUUAGCUAGAUCCCAUAUAGGUGUUAAGUCUUUUUUCUUUUUCUUUCUAUCUUUUUUUUUAACAGAAGAUGUAAACACAGAGUGACUGUGGAAACAAGUCAGAAAUAUCAACACUUUCCUCAGUUUUGUUGUUAAUUUACUAAGACUCUGUACACCUAAAACUACACUGUAAUACACGUAGCAUCAACCAAAAAUGGAACUUUCAAGGGCUAACCUUUACUGAGAAACAUGGACAAGGCAUCACAGCUGGUGAACUUGGAGCAGUCAGAAAAUUGUGACGUCAAAAAAUUAAUACGACACGAAUGGGAUGUUCAUGCGGAACCUCCAUGUAAACAUGAAUACAUGGCUGUUUUGGACAUGAACAUAAUACCGUUACCAGAUUUUGUUCAAUUUUUUUGUUUACAGUUGUCAUCAUUUUUGCAUUUAUUUAAAAAAUCCUUUUCCUGCAUUAAGUUGUUUGAAUAUUUGAAUUUCAGUCGGAUCCACAUGUAUUUGGACAGUAACACAAUUUUUGUACAUUUGCCUUUGUACACAACCACAAUGGAUUUGAAAUUAAGCAAUCAAGAUGUAACUGAAGUGUAGACUUUCAGCUUUAAUUCAAUGGGUUUAAGAAAAAUAUUGCAUUAAGCAUUUAGGAAUUACAGCCAUUAUUUACAUAGUACCUCUAUUUUCACAGGCUCAAAAGUAAUUGGUGUUAUGACCCAGCUAGUGCUGUGUCUGACAGUUGACUGAUAAGCAGUUUCAUGGCCAGGUGUGGUCUCUUUCCUUGUUAUUUCAUGACAAAAUAAGGAGAUAAAAUGUUUCCAAGCAUUAAAUUUGCAUUUGCUAGCUGUUCAUGAGAACUCUCAAUGUGCAGUCCAAAGAGGUGUCAAUGAAAGUGAAGGAGGCCAUCAUUAAGCUGGAAAAUCCCCCAGACCUAUCGGAGAGAUAGCAGAAACUUUAGGAGUGGCCAAAUCAACAAUUGCAUUCUUCAAAAGAAGGAAUGCGCUGUUGAGCUCAGCAACACUAAAAGGCCUGGAAGAUCAUGGAAGACAACUAACAUGGAUGACCACAGAAUUCUUUCCUUGUUGAAGAAAAACAUUUCACUACAUCUAGCCAAGUCAAGAACACUCUUGAGAACGUAGGCUUAUCAUUGCCAAAGUUUACAAUUAAAUGAAUGUAAAUACAGACAGUUUACCUCAAGACGCAAACCACCGAUAACACUCAAGAACAGAAAGGCCAGAUUAGACUAAAAAAUGCCUUAAAAAAAGCCUGACCAGCUCUGGAACAAGAGUCUUUGAACAGAUGAAACCAAGAUCAACUUGUGCCAGAAUUAUGGGAAGUGAAGAGAACAGAGAAUGAAAGGAAUAUGGUAGAGGAGGUGUUAUGGCAUGGGCAUAUAUGGCUGUUAAUGGAACUGAGUCACUGGUGUUUAUUGAAGAUGUGACUGCUGAUAAAAGUAGCAGGAUGAAUUCUGAAGUGUAUAGAGCUAUAAUUUCUGCUCAGAUUCAGUCAAAUGCUGCAAAACUGAUAGCACUUCACAGUACAGAUGGAUAAUGAUCCAAAACAUACCGGAAAAGCAACCCAACACCUUCCAAAGGCAAAGAAAUAGGAUGUUCGUUAAUCCCUGAAUCAGUUAACUAACCUCAACCCAAUUGAGCAUGGUCUGUAAAAAAUGGCUAUAAUUCCUAAACAGUUAAUGCAAUAUUUUUGUUAAACCCCGUGAAUUACACUUCAGUCACAUCUUGACUGCUUCAUUUCAAAUUCAUUGUGGUGGUGUACAGAGGCAAAAUUACAAAAAUGGUGUCACGACAGUAUAUACACUGGGCAAAUGUGUUGUAGUAAAUCUGAUCCCACAGUGCCACCUGCAGUUCCAGGAGGAUUAAGUUUUCCAGAGAUCCCUGACCCUGGAGCUUCACCUGAGAUUCCAGGAGGAUUCACCUUCACAAUGGAAACGUUUCCCUAUAAGACUAGAAGGAAGACAUAUCCGCUAAAAUCCCACAGUUGUCUCUUCGUGUUACAGUACACAUUUCUAGUCUUAUAACAAUUACUUAUCACUCUCAUUUUGCCAAGCAGAUCCUGUAACAGUGUUGGUUAAUUCAUAAUGCUGGUUAACAUUAGACAAUUUAAAAUCCAAACUCAAAAACUGAGGUCUGUUUUCCUAUUAAUAUAUGCAGCAUAUAUAGGCCAAAUCCUUAAAUUCAGUGUUAAGCAGUCAACCAAUUUCAAUAAACUCUUAAACACCUACACAAGGGACCAUCUAAAGGGAAAAACUAAACAUUUUAUAAUUGGUUAAAUUAUUUCAGAUCAUCACAGAGUAAAUAAGUAAGUAAGUAAGUAAGUAAGUAAAUAGCAUUAUAAAAGAAAUUUGAGUCCGAAAAAGGGUCUUAUACUCCAAAAAAUGACAGCAAGCCAAAACAUCUUGAAAGUCAAAUGUAUCUAGUAUUUCCUAUUGUACAAUUUUGAUAAACCAAAUAUAUGAUUAUUAAACAUAUUUGUAGACGUCUCGCUGUCAUCAACGAUGGUUGUCCUGGUCCAGAUGCAGCAAAUCAGACACAAACCAUUAUACCACCACCAUGGUGGUGGUUUCACAGAUGUGAUAAGUUUCUUAUGCUGGAAUGCAGUGUUUUCCUUUCUCCAAGUAUAAUGCUUCUUGUUAAACCCAAAAAGUUCUAUUUUGGUCUCAUCCGUCCACAAAACAUUUUUCCAACAGGCUUCUGGCUUGUCCAUGUGAUCUUUAGCAAAUGCAGAUAGGCAGCAAUG